GAAAAAUAAACGUAGAUAUUAAAUAUACAGUGGGUGCACUGAAAGAUAUCCUAUCUCAAGAUAAUCUCAUGCUAGGGUUUACACCAGAUCAUCACUUUACACCAGUCAAAUUUGAUGGAAUACUUGGACUGGGAUUGCCCUCUCUGAAGAUUGUUGGAGCCCAAACAGUGUUGGAGAAACUGGUGGAAACAAAAUUAAUAAGCAAACAAAUCUUCUCUAUAUGGAUGACCGCCCGCAAGCCUCGUGGAGAUGAAGUUCAACACGCUGGUCAAAUAAUUUUUGGUGGAUUCAACGAUAGACACUUCCGUGGCAAACGUAUAUGUUCCUGUGUUGGGGAAAGGCUUUUGGAAUAUUUUGAUGAGUCAGAUUUCCGUUAA